CGCAGACCGAAUACACGCGCCCUUUCAGCUUCCCACGGAGCCAUAGCAGCGUAGAUGACCACGCUCAUCAACCGUUAUCACUCCAACUAUACCAUGCCAAAUCCUAGUACUCAGCCUUAUAUCACGCUCAGGAGCAACCGUGACCAAAUCCUUCUCGGGCACAUUCUUGCACCAACAGUCGAUUUCACUAGUAUGCAACCGGUACCAGCAUGAGUAACAUCCACCUUUGCGAAAUCCGUUCCCAC